GCAGCGUCAGACAGCAUAUGGCAGCCCCGCAGUGCUUGCAGACAAGAGAGUGUCAAUAAGCGAGAGCAGGCAAAGGAGCUCGUGGUGAGGAAGUGGCCAUAGAGAAUAGAAUUAAAAAAAACCAGAAGAACAAAAGAAACAAUGCAAGAAGCACCAUUGCGUUGAAAGGGAUUAGGAUGAGGGCAUCUGCACGACGUGGGAUUGAUGACUGCAGCCGAGGAGGGACGGCGGUGCCACUGGCUUUCGGGAGGAGGGUGUCAUCUGGAAGCUUUGCUUGCUGAGCGGCGAUUGCAGCUGCCGUUGUGACUCAGCGCGCCAGGCUCUGGGGAUGCAGCAGAGCCUGAACCCGGGAGCGGGACCCCCAGGAACGUCGGCCACGGACGAGGAGAGCACUCAGCGCGGCGCUGGACCGCAGCGAAGGAGAAGGAGCCACCUGCAGGGCUUCCCAAUGGAGUUAUCUGUCCACCGUUUCAGCCUGCCUGCUUUCUGCUGGAUCAAGGGUUGGCUGUACCUGCGUUGAUGAUACACUCUGCUCUGGCAUGCUAGACCACCGGAGUGCGUUUAAGCCGAGAAGGACCAGUAGUCCUUGGAUUACAGGGAGAAGAAAGUAGUCGUCGUCAGACGCUAGUUGAUUUGGCAGUGGCCAUAUAUGCAACUCUUUUAUGGGUUUUUUGGGAUAGAGGAACUCUGAAUCAACGGUAGGGCAGUGAGGGAGCGUGGACUUGACCCCUUUUAAGUCCAAGCAGUUUGAAGAUGAUCCAAGGGAGCCAAUUAAGCGUGCACCGGCCCACUCUCUUCCUCUCCUCUUGAAGGACAAUGCCAAAUUGCCCUUCCUCACUGGCCACGCUUACUUGAAGCCACCCUUAAAAAAGGACCGCCAGCCAACCUCUACUUCCACCUGCCCAUCCUGCCCCUCCCCCACAUCAACCCCCACCUCCAAACCCUCAAACCCCCGCUGUCCAGCGGCGGAGGCUCCCGGUGGCCUGCUCAUUCUCGUCUGCGAGUCGUGGGCCUCCCUGCUGCCGGCGGCCCUUCGCCCAAGUCUGGACCCUGCCUUGCUGCUGCUGCCCUUGGCUCUGUUGGCCAAAGAUGAUGUGGCAGUGUCACAUCUCGGCCUCGGAGUGCCGAUGCUAUCGGCUGAAUGGCUUCUCGCUGCUCAGACGCCUCCCUUUGUCGGCAGACACGGCGGGGAGCCGGGUGCUGGGGCAGUCAGUGGGGGAGUGGCUGGAGCACGUGGGCUUCCCCCAGUAUGAGAGCAAGCUGCUCCUCAGUGGCUUUGAUGACCUGCGCUUCAUGGGUAGUAAUGUAAUGGAAGAUGAGGACCUUAGAGAAAUUGGCAUCACAGACCCUGGCCAUCGGAAGAAAAUUCUCCAUGCAGCAAAGAGUCUACCAAAGGUGAAAGCUUUGGGCUGUGAUGGCAGUACCUCUCUGGCCUCCUGGCUGGAAAACCUAGGUCUGGGGGAGUAUCUCCACAACUUCCUGUCCAGCGGCUACCGCACCCUCGAGUGCGUGAAGAACCUGUGGGAGUUGGAGAUUGUCAAUGUGUUAAAAAUUGGCCUGCUUGGCCACAGGAAGAGGAUUAUUGCCUCAAUAGCGGAACGCCCCUACGAGGAGGCGCCUUCCAAAUCCAACCGUUUCUCCCAGCUCAAGAUUCAGGACCUUUUGUCUCAGAAUCCGGCACCACUCGGUUACAUGGACCCGUCCACUAGUCGCUCCAUGGACACCCUGCUGCCGCUGGGGGAAUAUGCGAGGAAGGGGCGUGCCGUGGAUCAGGAGUGCAGCGCCUCGCUCCGCUCCUACAGUGAGAGGCCACGCUCGCAUGACCGGCACAUAGAUCGGCAGCGAGAGUCCCGCUUCAGCCUGCGGCCUCCGAGCCAGUCUGCUACAUACACAACUGUCUCCACCUGGCACCACCAUCCUGAGAAACUCAUCACUGAGGCUUGUUGCUAUGAAGCUAGUUAUCUGGGCUCUGUGAUCAUCAGAGACCUGCGAGGCAUUGAGUCUACCCAGGAGGCCUGUGCCAGAAUCAGGAAAUCAAAGGACCAUCGGAAAGGCCCCGUCAUAAUCCUGUCCAUCACUUACAGAGGAGUCAGGUUCAUCGAUGCAGCAACUAAGGCUAUAGUGGCAGAGCACGAGAUCCAGAACAUCUCUUGUGCGGCCCAGGACCCCGACGACCUCCGCACCUUUGCCUACAUCACGAAAGACCUGAAGUCUGGACAUCACUUCUGCCAUGUCUUCACUACAGUAGAAGUGACACAAACCUAUGAGAUCAUUCUGACUCUGGGACAGGCGUUUGAGGUGGCCUAUCAGGUUGCUCUUCAGGCACAGAAGGCCCGACGUCACAGUUCCUAUGGUCUGGCCUCAGAGAUCAUAGAGACUAGGAGCAGCAGACCGACUUCUCAGUCUCGCAACAGCACUCGUCGAGCAAUGGGUGCACCUGUGCUAGAAUGCCGCUGUUGCUACUGUCACACCUGCUCUGCUCACCGCCCCUCCUACCUCCCGCUGCCCUCUGUCAGCCCUGGAGUCCAGAUGGACCCUGCAGAGCAGGACACAGACGUGCAGUCCUUGGGCAGCACCAGCUGGCUCUUCGAACCCCGCGACUCCUCAAGGCCAUCCAGCAGCACCAAGUACGAGACCACCAUAUUCUGAAGUGCAGCAGCAGGGGGAAGGGAGGCUGAGCCCCAACCCUGGCCCUGGCUGCCCAUUCCCCUCCUAAUAACUUAACCUUCUCCCCCCUGAGAAAACUCUAGUGCCCUGUGCCUUUUCACUGUGAUUUGUACCCUCCCUCAGGGCAGAUCUGCUUCUUGCACCUCACUGUCCGUCCCCCCCCCCCCCUCGCUCCUUCUCGCCUGUGUAGUCUUCUUGGAGAGACCCAGUCCCACCGCCCACUUCAACACGUUGACUGGGCUGUCUGAAUUCACUGGACUCUGCCUUCAAGGCAUACACUCUGCCCUCCAGGUGUCCUCUGCCCUCAAGACACACUCCUUGAAUUCUUCCGUCUUGGUCUGACGGCACACGCAAUCGCCUCUGAAUUGUUCAGCCUGACUUUCUUUUUUAGCCACAAUGCUGAAUGUUUACAGACCAACCUCUCAUAUCAGUGGGUUUUGCCUCUGAGCACAAACAUAAGCAUAGCUGUUUAUUAAAUCUCAUCAUGUAGUUCAGAUAGCUGUAGCAUUUAUAUAUGCCCUCAUUCUGGCUGACAUGCACAGACCUUUGACAGCAACUUUUCCUCAUCAGAACAGCAAUACUGUCAUUACCAGUGUUGAAUAUACUACCAUUCAUCGCCAUCAGAGAUGCAAUGUAGAACAAAUUUCUUACACUCUUACACUCUGCCCCCAAGUACUAUAUCAGCUCUUCCCACCCAUCAAUUAUUUUCAGUUCGACCCAUAUUUCCUUAGCCCUUAUUUCUUCACCAGUGAGCUACUCUGUAUUCCCAAUCCACACAGUGCUUCCUCUGUCUGACCAGGCAUCUGCAGUUGUAAGGAUUUACGAAGAGCAUCUGUUCCAGUGUCUGUGCAAACCAUAGUUUGGGAUUUGACACGCAAUAAUACCUGAAGAGGGCAGAGACCUAAAUUGAGCUGAGCUAAAGUGAGCGCUAAAGUGUUCCGAGGCCACAUUCUCCUUGGUUAUCUUACUGCAACUCGUGUUAACAUUGUUGGUUACAUUGAUAAUCAUUUUUCUUCCUUACUUUAGCAUAUAUGUAGCACCACCAGGGCUAUGACUAAGUGUGAUCAAUUUCAGCAUGGAUUUGACUUACUGGAGUUUAUUUCUUGAAGAGUUUCAAGUGAAAAUUGUGAGCAGUCUGUAUUCUUACAUUGUAGCCUCACGUAGUAAAUACAGCAUUUGUGUAUAUCUGUUCAAGCUUUUUGAUUGAUUUGUUUUGUAUAUAUGACCCGCUUUCCUCAAUCAGAGCUGUCGACAAACUGAGACAUUUAUAUGAGACAAAACAUAUUCAAAUUUAAAUAGUAAAUUCCUAUAUCUAUUUUCACCUUAAAAGGAGCCAACCACAAACUCAAUUAUCUUCUACAAGAGGAAAGAACACUGGAGCGACAAAGUAAGGGAAUCGGAGAAAGGACAUUCAAAACACAAUAAAGGAGCCCUUACCAGCAUAUUACAAUUGCUAAAUGGGCCUUGCCUUUAUGUGAACGGAAUAUGAAUCAGCUCAGAUUUACUAGAGUAAUUCCUGAAAUGAUGCACUACUAGACUCCCCAACACACACACACACACACACACACACACACACACACACACCUUCAGUCAAUUUUGAGUUCUUCUUUGCAAAGACACACUGCAGUGGUUUAUCUCAAACCUUCUAAAUAAGUAGUGGUACAUACACGUCAGGUUUCGGUUCAUUUGUUGUGUCGCCUGCUGUGAAUGUGCUGUGUGCGUUGGGCUGUUGCACAAGCCGGUGUUGUGCUGCUUUUCUCUGCCUCGUCUUGUCCCCAGGCCCCACUUCGACUGUUAACGUUGUCCUGGUUCCUCCGUGACCACAUUGCACAUCUUCGCCUAUCACAGCCAUGCCGUCGCAUCCAGUUGUUUGUUUACCAUUACUGGUUUGCACUUGUUUGUUUACCCCUCAUUGAUCAACAGUCCAUCUGUCAUGACAUCACAUUGUAUUAUGUCAGCUUUGUAUGUAUUGCUUGACUGUGUUCACAUGAACAGUAUAGCUAAUGUUUCGAUCUUGUACAAAGUUACCGUUCUGCUAGUAAUCUUUAAAAGGGGGGAAAUGGUUUGAAUAGAAUGCCUAAACAUAAAUUUCCACUUACUUAAAUCAAAUAUAUUUCUUCCCGUGUAGCUGACUCCGCCUUUCAAGUUUCCGGACACCAAGGUGUGAAUAGAAGGGGAAUCAGGUGAAACGUUUACAUGUGAGUGAGAAAACGAGAGAUGCCAUCCGCUCAGUGGCAUUAAAUUUUGCCAUGAGAAUGAUCCAGUACUGUGGGAUUACUCUUAUUAUGGGCUUAGAUAUCACAAAAGAGGAUUUGCUUGUGAGGUGGGUCUGUGUAUUGAACACGAACUAUUACAGAGCCACAGCAUGCUAGUGUUUUAUAUAAAGAAAUUACAGUUUACUUGAUUAUUAAACUACAAAAAAGACUGUCUGAAAGAGGCCAGCAACUUGUGGGAAUUUUAUGGAAGCUGUGGAAAACUGGAGUAGCAUCAGAGUACUGAGCACUGUGUGGACAUUUUCUUUAUGUAACUUGGGGGAUUACUUAGCUCUAGUGAACACCCAGACAUGAGGGAUAUGAAGACUGAACAUGGUAAAAUAUUAAUCUGGGCUACACACACUGAAUGUUGUGUUGACUCAGUUCUACAAUGGAGUGCUUUCUUCAUUAAAGGACUGCUUUUAGCAUUGCUUGGAAGGCUUGUGUGACCCAAAGGCCACAACCAUCAUAAAUUCUGAGUGGACAGAAAGCAUACAUGUUCCAGAGUGUCACAGUGUCUCCUAUGUAGAGUGACUAUAUCACCAAUGGAAUCACCAGUGGAAUAGACUUUACCUGAAGUAAAUCAAUUUUGACUGAAUAAUCACACUGUGAAACAGCAUAAAAGCAGCACAUUUAUAGCUUUUACAUUAGCAAGUUAGCGGUUAUUUACACUGCAAUGGGAGCAUAUGACUACAAGAAAAAAAGGCAUCAUGCUCCUUUAUAAUUUUUUACAUAUCAGUUAUGAUUACGUUAGAACAAAAUUCCUCAAUUCCUUUCUGAGACAUUAUUUUGUUUACACUGAAUAUUUGGGUAUGAUGCCAAGAUUGAGACUUGAUUAAAACUAAAAACAUGGAAGUCAAAGUAACUGGAGGCUAUGUUAAAAUGGUCCAAGUUAUGCUUUCUUUCCCAAACUCCUUAUUUUAUGUAACAAUUAUUUCAGUCACUUAAGUCACAUCUACAUAAAUGUCCAUGACAAAAUAAAACUUUCCUUUUUGCCUAUUUA